UUUGUCUCACUCUGUUGCCCAGGCUAGAGUGCAGUGGCGCCAUCUCAGCUAACUGCAACCUCUGCCUCCCAGGUUCAAGCGAUUCUCCUGCCUCAACCUCCCGAGUAACUAGGAAUACAGGUCCAUGCCACCACCCCUGGCUAAUUUUUGUAUUUUUAGUAGAGACAGGUUUUAGCCAUGCGAAACCCUGACCAAGCUGGUCUUGAACUCCUGACCUCAGGUGAUCUGCCCGCCUGGGCCUCCCAAAGUGCUGGGAUUACAGGCGUGAGCAACCGCGACCGGCCUAUUUUUUUUUUUUUUUUUUUCUAAACGCUUCCAGCUUCCCUGAUUUCGGAAAGGGGCUUAGAUGGAGGCUUUCCAGCAAAGUCCCCUGAGAGCCAACACUCAAUUCCAGGAGAGCGUGGGAACCGUGCGUGGGCCCCUCUGCCGUCCGCCUGCGCCCUAGCCUGAAUAACCGCGCCCACGCCUCCUAGUUAGGGGUCAGCCCAUUUUGGGCCUCCACUGCCGGCUCUUCCCCUAACUAUUGUGAGUGUCUCGGAGUCUUCGCUCUGCUGUUUGGGACGUGCCAGGGUGCGCCAAGCCUCCGCGUAUGCUCGCGAGCCCAGGCGCCUUCACGCUCCCGGGGACUUCGGAGGGACCUGGCCCUGCAGGAACGGAGUCCUACAAAGUGAACCUGGAGGAGCUGCACGCUUCCAUUCCCAGCCCUAGCCAGAGAAGAGGAGCCAACUCCUCACGGCGGAUCCCUUGAUAGAGGAGGAUGAACCGAAUCCAUGAUCCUCCAGACCCGGGAAGCAACGCACCCUAGGCCUUGGCACCGCAAAGCCCGUGCUGAGCACACGGACGGGUGCUGCCCGGGACUCGGCCGGGAGGGCGCCCAUGCCAACGCCUCUUGCAGGAUUAGUGCCUUCGGUUGGCAAAAGGCGGAUAAAGGAAGAGCGAAACCACCUCAGGAAGCUAAGUUGCGGAAGAAGACUCGACUCGAAGAGCGGUCCGCCACCAGGGCUCUUGCCGCAGCGACCCCAGCGGGCGUUGGUCUUGGGCGGGGAAGCAGCAGAGGGCCGACCGAGCGCAGCAAAGCUGAGCGGCGCGUCGCUUCAGGAACGAAGAAGCCUCGUUAUGCAAGCGAAAAACAAAGAUCCUUUGCAGCCUAUUAAGGAAGAUAGGACUGGGAAGGCCCAGGAUGAUGCUUUCUGGCUUCAAUCACUUAUUACGGAUGCAUUCCAAGAUAAAGGAUUUCAGAAAAUACAAGAAUACUUUCAACAGAAAGAGAGCCACUUUCCUCAAAAAUAUAAUCGUCUUCUAUUAUACCGUCUUGAUAGAUCAAUAAAUAAGGAACUAGAUAAAAAUGAAUUUCAGUCUGUGUCACUGUUGCUGAAAUGUAUUCAGCGAUUCCUCAUAGAUGGCCUGAAAGAAGAUGAACCUCUGCUAAUUCGGCAGGGACUGAUCCCAAAGAUAAUUUCCUGGUUUGAAAGAACAACAGGAAUUCUGACCUCGGAAGGCCUAGCCUCAGACACAUCGCUGAUUUGUGUUAUAGAAGAUUUCUUUGACACUGCAUUGAUUAUUUCCAGGAGUAGUAGUGAAGGGAAAAUUCAGAUGUUGGAUUCCUUCCUACUUAGCUUAGGAUUCCUGGUGACAGAAAAGACUAUAAAUCAUUUGCUUCAACAGGAGGGCUUGAAGACUUUUAACUGCAUUUUGCACGCUGUCCCUCGAGAAGAGAGAAAAAAAUUCCCUUUGUCAGAAGGCAUGUGUCAUCUUAUGAAAGACCUUGCAAGGACACUCUUGACUGUGGGUGAUUAUGACCAGCAGGUUGCUAUUUCUGAAGCGCUGUGUAGACUGACGAUUAAAAAAUCAAGGGAUGAACUUGUCCAUAAAUGGUUUGAUGAUGAAGUCAUUGCUGAAGCUUUCAAAGAAAUUAAGGAUCGAGAAUUUGAGACGGACAGUAGACGUUUUCUCAAUCACCUGAACAACAGACUUGGUGACCAAAGAAGGGUGUAUUCAUUUCCGUGUAUUGCUGCUUUUGCUGAUGAGCAUGAGAUGAGAAAACCAGCGGAUGAAAAAUUAGAGAAAUUUUGGAUCGACUUCAACCUAGGAAGUCAGAGUGUCACUUUUUAUGUAGACAAUGCUGAGAAUACUCUAUGGGACUCAGUGACACUUCCGAAGGAAGCGGUGAUGAAUUUCAGCAUAAUAGAAACGGAGAAGAUAAAGAUACUUAUCAUUUACCUGAAGAAGCCCAUGAUUAUCAGCUACAAAGAAGUCGUGAAAAUAGAAAUCCAUUUUGAUUUGCAGUUCAACAUAUCACAAGCUUCCAUUCAAGCUUUAGGAGAAGACAAACAGAUGUUGCCUGACCAGACGAAAAUCUCCUCAGAACUUUUUAGUAAGUCUGAUAAAGAAGACAGGGAGAGUCCCAGUGGCCUUGAAAGAGAAACAGAGCAGGCAGAAGAAUCCACUAACAUGGUGGAGUUUAUGAGUGCUGAAGAUGACCGCUGCCUAAUAACUCUCGACUUAAAUGACCAAUCUGAGCCACCUGUUAUUGGGGAACCUGCCUCUGAUAGUCAUCUUCAGCCGGUCCCUCCGUUCGGGGUCCCUGACUUCCCGCAACAACCCAAGUCUCAUUACAGAAAACAUCUCUUCUCUGAGAGUAAUCAAGAUUCAAGUACCAGUGAACUAUCUUGGACCAGUAACCAGAAAAAGAAAUCCCUAAAAUCAUAUUCCAGUAGAAAGAAGACAAGAACCAGAAGUAAUUUGAGAAUCUUGCCAGUUUUCCCUCCCAGUAGUGGCAGUGGCCAUGAGAAAGACCAAGCUAAGCUUCUAUCACCAUCAGAGAAAGAAAUACCCGAGCAAAAUAACACCACAUCUCCAAAGACUUCUGAACAAAAAUUCCAAGAUAGUUUUGCUUUUUUGACUGCUGAAGAUUCUGCCCAGAAAACAGAGCUUCAAGAUCCUCACUCACUGAGCGAGCUCUCUUCCUUGAAGCACUCAGAAGAUGAAGAAAAACCUAAGAUUAUGAACCAAGAAUCACUAACAGAAAGUACUAGCUUGAAACAUGAGCUGAGAAACUUGGAAGACGGAGACAUACCAGAAGGUAGUUUUGCUAAGUCACAACAAUCAAGAUUGGAAGAAGAGGUUGCUCCGGGAUCCCCUUUCUCAAUAACAGAAGAAAGAGAGUUGCCAGAAGGAAUUUCCACUUCAUCCCUAGAAGUUAUGCCAGAGAACUUGAACGGUUCUGCCAUUCUCCCAACCUUUGAAAACUUCACUAAAAAACGGAAAAGAAAAUAUGAGCUUAGGUACAGAAAGCGUCCGCUUAAUUCAGAAAAUGCAAAGAAAGCACCGGAUUGCCUAAUAAAACUUUUAAACCAGAUGCAACUGUUCAGACUCAAUAAACUAGAGCGCUUUCAAAAUUUGGUUCUUCAAGAGUUGAGCAGUCUUAAGCAGGAUAUUCAGGCCCUGGAACACCUUGAGAAGGAGGUUCUGGAAUUCUGGGGGAAACAGUCUGCUGAUCUGCAAUCUUUCUGUGAUCUGCAAGUGCUGAGGUUCAAUUCAACUCAGACUUCAUAAGAAAGCCAAAGCCUGGUUUUAUGAUUGCAGCCCUCAGCCUGGGCUGCCUGAAGACGAAGAGAAACAGCAAGGUUAUCGUUGGCUCAGGCCAUGUUAGCCAGACUUCCGUGCUCUGUACGCAUUCAAUUUCCUCCCCUCCAAACAUCAUCCCUGGGAACUGCUGCGUUCAGAUAGAAUAUAUGUUGGUAGUUUGCAAUUGGGUUAUUAUCCAUUUGUUCAUAAAAAUUAACCUUUUGUAUUAAAAUUUGGUCAGAUAGUAUUAAUAGAAAGUUCAGGAUGUUAAACAACUUGGAGUGGUGUUGCUUUUUUUUUUAUAAAAGUAAAAUGGCCUUUUUUUGUUUGAGAAAUGUCUUCAAGUUUUGUGUGAAUAAAACACUUUAGCAGCAUCUGUAUAAAUACAAUUUAAUGUGUCUCUUGGAAGGAGAAAUUUGAGUUGAAGAUGAUGAAGAUAGCUCAGGUAAAAAUGGUGGCUUUACAUUUGUUUUAAUUGAUUAAUUAAUUUUUUUGAGACAGAGUCUCACUGUGUCACCCAGGCUGGAGUGCAGUGGCACGAUCUCAGCUCACUGCAAUGUCCGCCUCCCAAGUUCAAGCGAUUCUCUGCCUUAGCCUCCCAAGUAGCUGGGAUUAUAGGCGUGUGCCACCACGGCUAGCUAAUUUUUGUAUUUUUAGUAGAGACGGGGUUUCACCAUCUUGGCCAGGCCGAUCUUGAACUCUGGGCCUCGUGAUCCACCCACCUUGGCCUGCUGAAGUGCUGGGAUUGCUAACAUGAGCCACCGUGCCCAGCCUGUGAUAUGUUUUGAAAAUAAACUUAUUAGGAG